UACUUCCUCUUUUCACCUUGGAAACCUGCGCGCGUUUGCCCGGGAGGGAGCACGUGGCCAGCUCUCCAGCAUCUGCUGCGGUGGGAAGGUGUGACCUCAGAUUUUCCCCUCGCACUCAUUUUACAGAGUUGUUGGAGAUAAACUACUGCGUGGCUGUCCUCCAAAGAGGCCACCAAACCUCCAAGCACACGCGCUCACACAAUAAACACCUCUUCACACCAUUAUCCAUGAGAUUACGGUGUUUUCUGUGACACCUGCUACAUUUUUGGGCGUGCGCAGCUUGGACCCUGCCAGUGACUGGGGGUUUGUGUCUGACUGCUGAGAGGAAUUUGGAAAAUAAAUAACUCCUGCUGGUGGUUUCCAUUGGAAAAAUCACGUCUCAAGGACAGCUCCAUAGUGAAAUAUGACAGAAACAAUAUUUGGCAGUGAGAAUGAACACUGGGUCUGUCCCAGUGACAGACAACUAGCGCUUAGAGCAAAGUUAUGUACAGGCUGGUCCAUCCACACAUUUCGAUCUGAGAGACAGAGGAAAGCUCAGACACUUGAGAAAAGAGAGCUGGAUCUCAUCAUGAGUGUCAUCCACCGCGCUGAGCAGCUCGAGAUCCUUGAGCAACACCGGAUUGGGCGUCUAGUGGAGCGUCUGGAGAACAUGAGGAGAUCUGCUGUGGGAAACGGCCUGUCACAGUGUCUGCUGUGUGGAGAGGUGUUUGGUCUGCUGAGCUCUUCGUCCGUCCUCUGUUUGGACUGCUGCAUGAAGGUGUGCACUAAGUGUGGAAUCGAGACUGCAGGCAGUCAAAAAAGGGCUCAGUGGCUUUGCAAGAUCUGUAGUGAACAGAGAGAGGUAUGGAAACGUUCUGGAGCCUGGUUCUACAAAGCCUUGCCGAAGCAUAUUCGUCCCAUUAAGGAUUCAAUUCUAGAUAACAGGAUGCCAGUAACAGAAAGAGGAGAGCAGCUGCCAGUGACCAGGAGUGCGCCAAUCAGCUACACAUGGGCUCAAACCAAAGUUAACUUAAGUGAAAGCGAUGGCAGUGAUGCAGAGCUCAGUGAAUGCAGCAGUGACAGGAAGACCUUCAUGUCUGAGACGGAUCAAAGAAGAGAUUCCGAAUCGAGUGGAGGCCAAGUGCAAACACCCCUGCAGUCCAGCAUCACCAGUCCAACUCAAACCAGCUUUCACAUGGAAAGCCCUUCCAGCGUGGCCAGCGAGAAAAGCAGUAGCGGUUUCAAUCCGGGUCUGGAGGAAGAGGUCAUGGACCAUAGUCGACCUUUACUAAGUGAGUGCCCACUUACACACUUGGUUAGCUAUCUAAAUGGGGAC